GGAAUUGAAGAGGUUUGUAUUUGUAAUUGGGUUUAAGCUAGUUGAUACAGGAGAGGCAGUUUAAUUGUUUCAUUGUUUUGGCAUUUGUGUUGGUUUGAUUUGCCCCUGAUUUACUGCUGUUGUGGAUGUUUUUUAAGAGGCAAUAACUUUAUAUGGAAUUGAACUGGCUAAUUUAUCAUUUGGGUUUUAUACAAAUUUCUUGCAGCUUUUCAUUAGAUCACACUAGUAAGGAUUGCUUAUGUGCCCCAAUAGUCUUGUUCACAUUCUUUAAAUUGGAUGGAAUAUGAGAAGAUAGUUUUGAAUAUCACUUGUGGUGAAUGUGAUAUCUGGUAAUAAUUUUAGACUUAGAGAAGACAACUUGCUCGGGUUUAGUUUUAAUGGCUUCAAUUAGAAGAACGAUGUCUCCAGUGCCUCGACCUGGGACUUUUCUGAAUGGGGAAGGCUGUUCAGCUCCUUCUCCCUUGUCCAAGUCUUCUUCCUUCAAUCAGAACUAUUCCUUAAGGGGAGAUUUGGUGUGUUCUUUUGGCUCAUUGGCCUAUGCAUGGUACAGAGCUCAAGCUUUUGCUCUUGGUAUUUUCUCAAAACGAUCUUCUCAGCCCUUGGAAAGGCCAAAAUUUAAGGGGCAAUUUUGGAGGAGGGCUCUUUUCCAUUUUUCCAUAUUUUUCUUGGUUGGGGUUCUUGUUGGACUUGCCCCAUUUGUUUCAUUGGAUUUACCCAUCAAUCUUGUGACCAAACACCAAGUCAUCUCCUUUGAGGUUUUUCCUCCUGUUGGAAACGUUCGCUUUUAUGAUGUUGUGCCCAGAAAUAUGACACCUUUAGUGGACAGAUCGGCCACUAAUGAUAGUGCUACAUUAGAGCCACAUGUGGUGAAAGGGGAACCAAGAAGAGGGAUUUUGAAUGACACUCUUCUUAACCAAUCACUCAUUAAAAAUUCUACUAUGGUGUUUCAUAAACUUUUGAUCAUUGUGACCCCAACACAUGCUCGGCCAUUUCAAGCCUAUUAUCUGAAUCGUUUGGCAUACACAUUGAAAUUGGUCCCUCCUCCUUUGUUGUGGAUAGUUGUGGAGAUGACAUCUCAGUCCAUGGAAACAGCUGACAUAUUGAGAAGAACAGGUGUCAUUCACAGGCAUCUUGUAUGCAGUAAGAACUUAACGGAAGUGAAAGAUAGAGGUGUGCAUCAAAGAAAUGUGGCUCUGUCGCACAUUGAAAAGCACCGCCUUGAUGGAAUCAUUUACUUUGCAGAUGAUGAUAAUAUUUAUUCUGCUGAUCUCUUUGAACAGAUAAGGCAGAUCAG